UGAGUUAACCAAUUGCUGUAAUCGAGGAUGAGCGGCUGGUGUGCUAAAGCAAGGGCAGAUAAUGAAGCGACUAUCUACAAACUCUACGUGCUUUAUCUAAGUAUUUUUCAAACCCCAAACCCCUCGGCGGUGCCCGUGAUUCGCAAUAUCUGCCAAGGCUAACACACAGUAAACAAAACACGUCACGACGCCGUCCCCAGGCUUCAGGCUGCAGAUUUCAUGGUGCAGAUUUCAUUGCGGUGAAAGUUAGCUGCUCAAACGAAACAGGGAGGUGGGAGAGCAUGGGGAUUCAUUGAUAUUGACCGGAUUUUUAUUACAGAAGAAAAUACCCCGUCGGAGAUAAUUUAAAAAAAAAAAAAAAAAGGGUGAGCACUGGGCGCUGUUGUUGGUCAUAUGCAGCUGCAUUUUGCAUUGAAGUACGGAUGGAUGUUUGUAGAGGGGGAAGAGGCCGUUGAUAGUUGACGGAACAUUUUCGGGACUAUUUUCCUAAACCAUUAAUCAGAGGAAGGGUACUUGACGAAUCAUUCUGACUGCAAGGGACUGAUGGCACCCAAGUGAUCAAUCAUGGCUGUGAUGAUCCCUCCAGUGAAGCUGAAAUGGCUGGAGCAUCUCAACAGCUCUUGGAUCACGGAGGACAGUGAGUCCAUUGCCACCCGAGAGGGGGUCUCGGUCCUGUACUCCAAGCUUCUCACCAACAAGGAAGUGGUGCUGCUGCCUCAGCAGGUGCUCUGCCUGAAGGGCCCCCAGCUGCCGGAUUUCGAGCGAGAGUCCCUGUCCAGCGAUGAGCAGGAACACUACCUGGAUGCCCUCCUCAGCAGCCAGCUGGCACUGGCCAAGAUGGUGUGCUCAGACUCUCCUUUCGCAGCCGCCCUUCGCAAGCGGCUGCUGGUACUGCAGCGUAUCUUCUACGCACUUUCCAAUAAAUACCAUGACAAAGGCAAGGUAAAGCAGCAGCAGCAUUCUCCCGAGAACAACUCUGGGUCCACCGACAUUCAUUCGGUCAGUGAGCGGCCAAGGUCCAGCACAGAUGCCUUGAUAGAGAUGGGAGUGCGGACUGGCCUUAGUCUGCUGUUUGCACUGUUACGACAAAGCUGGAUGAUGCCCCCUCCAGGACCGGGCCUGAACUUGUGCAACGAUGUCAUCCACACUGCCAUAGACGUCAUAAGCUCCCUGCCACCCUUAUCGCUAGCUAACGAAAGCAAAAUUCCACCUAUGGGUUUGGAUUGUUUGUUACAGGUGACAACGUUUCUUAAAGGAGUGACUAUGCCAAAUUCUGGCGCUGAUAUACUGGGACGAAGGUUAGCUUCUGAACUGCUGCUCGGCCUCGCUGCCCAGAGAGGCUCGUUACGGUACCUUCUCGAGUGGAUAGAGAUGGCUUUAGUGGCAUCUGCCGUAGUGAGUACGAUGGAAAAAAAUAAAGUGCCCCAGAAUCAAGAGGGAAUGAUCGGCUAUGACUGUUUCAUGAAUAUUUUAAUGCAGAUGAGACGCUCUUUGGGUUCUUUAGCUGAUCGGAGUCAGUGGAGGGAACCCACAAGAACACCAGAUGGACUGUGCUCUUUGUAUGAGGCAGCGCUCUGUCUCUUUGAAGAGGUCUGCAGAAUGGCAUCAGACUACUCAAGAACCUGCGCCAGCCCAGACAGUAUACAGACUGGAGAUGCCCCUAUGGUGUCUGAAACCUGUGAGGUGUACGUUUGGGGCAGCAACAGCAGCCAUCAGCUGGUAGAGGGUACCCAAGAGAAAAUUCUGCAGCCCAAACUGGCUUCAAGCUUUGCUGAUGCUCAGACAAUUGAAGCUGGGCAAUACUGUACAUUUGUGAUUUUUGCUGAUGGGUCUGUGAAAGCCUGUGGGAAAGGAAGCUAUGGGAGACUUGGCCUGGGAGACUCCAACAACCAGUCAACUUUGAAAAAACUGACAUUUGAACCCCACAGAGCAAUCAAAAAGGUCUCGUCCUCUAAAGGUUCAGAUGGGCACACCCUCGCUUUUACAACUGAAGGAGAGGUGUUCAGCUGGGGCGACGGUGACUAUGGAAAACUAGGACAUGGAAACAGCUCCACACAGAAGUACCCCAAACUCAUCCAGGGCACUCUGCAAGGAAAGGUGGUUGUAUGUGUGUCUGCUGGCUACAGACACAGUGCAGCUGUCACUGAAGACGGUGAGCUCUACACCUGGGGUGAAGGUGAUUUUGGAAGAUUAGGUCAUGGUGACAGUAACAGCCGUAACAUUCCAACUCUGGUGAAAGAUAUUAGCAAUGUUGGUGAAGUGUCUUGUGGCAGUUCACAUACUAUAGCUUUAUCUAAAGAUGGGCGAACAGUUUGGUCCUUUGGAGGUGGAGACAAUGGGAAACUUGGACAUGGUGAUACUAACAGAGUAUACAAACCAAAAGUUAUUGAAGCCUUACAAGGAAUGUUUAUCCGGAAAGUUUGCGCUGGGAGCCAGUCUUCACUUGUCUUGACAUCAGCUGGGCAGGUUUAUGCUUGGGGCUGUGGUGCCUGCCUUGGCUGUGGCUCUUCAGAAGCUACUGCUCUUAGACCCAAACUGAUUGAAGAAUUGGCAACAACCAGAGUAGUUGAUAUUUCAAUUGGUGACAGUCACUGUUUGGCUUUAUCACAUGAUAAUGAGGUUUACGCCUGGGGUAAUAAUUCAAUGGGACAGUGUGGCCAGGGAAACUCGACUGGUCCCAUAACUAAACCGAAGAAGGUGAUUGGUUUGGAUGGGGUGGCAAUUCAGCAGAUUUCUGCUGGAACAUCACAUAGUCUAGCCUGGACUGCAUUACCUAGGGAUAGGCAAGUUGUAGCUUGGCACAGACCCUACUGUGUUGACUUGGAGGAAAGCACUUUCUCACAUUUGCGUGCCUUUCUUGAACGGUACUGCGAUGGCAUCAAUAGUGACAUUCCUCCUCUCCCUUUCCCCUCAUCAAGGGAGCAUCAUAAUUUCCUUAAGCUGUGUCUCAAAUUGUUAUCCAACCAUCUAGCCCUGGCUCUGGCUGGUGGAGUGGCCACUAGCAUUCUUGGUAGGCAAGCCAGGCCUCUAAGAACCCUUCUGUUUAGGCUGAUGGAUUCCUCUGUGCCUGAUGAAAUCCAGGAGGCUGUUAUAGAAACCCUGUCAGUUGGAGCUACAAUGUUGCUUCCUCCACUCCGAGAGAGGAUGGAACUGCUGCAUUCACUUUUGCCACAGGGACCUGACAGAUGGGAGAGUCUAUCUAAAGGACAGAGAAUGCAGCUGGAUAUUAUACUGACAAGCCUGCAAGACCACACCCAUGUGGCAUCAUUGUUAGGCUACAGCUCCCCUACUGAUGCUUCUGAGGCAUUGUCAUCUGGUCUGGGCUUUGGAACACCAUUAGACCUGCCCUACAGCUCUCCAGACAAUCACCCUGACACCCAUCUAGCUGAAAUCCUUAUGAAGACGCUCUUGAGGAAUUUAGGUUUUUAUACGGAUCAAGCUUUUGGAGAGUUGGAGAAGAACAGUGACAAGUUACUACAGGGCACAUCAUCUUCAGAAAACAGCCAGCCUGCUCACCUCCAUGAACUGCUGUGCUCCCUGCAAAAACAACUCUUGGCUUAUUGUCACAUAAACAGUGUCACUGAGAAUUCUAGCAGCGUGGCAUUGUUACACAAACACCUUCAGCUCCUGCUGCCUCAUGCUACAGACGUCUUCUCCCGAUCUGCGACCCUUCUAAAGGAGAGCUCCUGGAACGGCAGUGUCAGAGAGAAACUCAGAGAUGUGAUCUAUGUGUCGGCAGCAGGCAGUAUGCUGUGUCAGAUCAUAAACUCUCUAUUGUUGCUACCUGUUUCGGUGGCACGGCCGUUGCUGAGUUACCUUUUGGAUCUGCUCCCACCUCUGGAUCGCCUAAACAGACUUCUACCAGCUGCAACACUCCUGGAAGACCAGGAACUGCAGUGGCCCCUGCAUGGAACUCUGGAGUUUACAGACCCUGCUGGAGCUCCUCUUCCUCAGCCUGCCCAGUUGUGGGUGUGGCUGGUGGAUCUGGAGAGGACUGGAGCUCUGCUGGUGGGGCGCUGCCUGGGAGGCAUGCUCCAGGGACCGGCCACCUCGCCUGAGGAGCAAGACGCUGGCUACUGGCUGAAAACACUGCUGUUCAGUAAUGGGUUGGAAAUGGAUAUCCCACAGCUAGAUAAAUGUAUAAGUUCCUUGUUGGAAGUGGCACUUUCUGGAAAUGAAGAGCAGAAGCCAUUUGAAUGCAUGCUUCGUCCUGAAAUGGCGGUGCUGGUUGACCUGGCCUUGGGAUCCAACAAAGAACCCACCAAUAGUCUUUGGAUCAAUAUGCAGGAUUAUGCCAUCAGCAAAGACUGGGACAAUGCGACUCUCAGCAGCGAAUCACUUUUGGAUACAGUUUCUAGAUUUGUUCUUGCUGCUUUACUGAAGCAUACAGGCCUAUUGAACCAGGCAUGUGGUGAGGGAAGAUACCAGCCCAGUAAAACAUUGGCAGAGGUGUAUCGAUGCGUCUAUAAAGUCCGUAACCGCUUACUGGCUUGUAAGAACGUGGAGCUCAUUCAAACAAGGUCUUCUUCAAGGGAAAGGCGGACGUCUGAAAAUCAUGACUCGCUGGAGAUUGAUCCCCAGGAGCAUUCCUUUACACGUACCAUUGAUGAAGAGGCUGAGAUGGAGGAGCAUGCAGACAGAGAGCGGGAGGAAGGACAUCGGGAGCAAGAUGAGGAAGAAAGAGAGCACGAGGUCAUGACAGCUGGCAAAAUCUUUCAAUGUUUCCUAUCAGCCCGAGAAGUAGCCCGCAGUCAAGACCGGGAGCGAAUGAGUAGCAGCACUGGGACUGGGAAUGGAUCCGGACCCAGAGCUGCCGACGAUGUUCCUUCUCAGUCUCAACAGGACAGGAGGGCUAGCACAAGCCUGCCGGAGGGACAGGACCUGUACACGGCAGCCUGUAACUCCGUCAUUCACCGCUGUGCACUGCUGAUUCUAGGGGUCAGCCGAGUGCUAGAGGAUCCGCACAGGCAGCAGGAAGAGGGGCAGAUACUGCAAGCCACAACAGGCACUCAGGAGGGAGUGGGUUUCAUGACCAGGAGCGAGAGCUUGACUGCAGAGAGUCGCUCUGUUCAGGCAAGCCCAAAUUACAGGCUGAUGAAAUCAAGAAGCGAGUCUGAUCUCUCACAGCCCGAGUCUGAUGAAGAGGGAUCUGGUCUGAGUGGAAGAAGAAAUGUUGAUUUGGACUUGGCUUCCUCACAUAAGAGAAGGGGACCUGUACACAGUUCUGCAGAACCUCUGACUGACACAUGGUCUAGAUUGAAGCACAGCCGAGAUCGCUUGUACAACUCCUCGCAUUCGUACAGAGAAUCCGACUUUGAUCUGACCAGAUCCCUGGGAGUCCAUGCCCUUAUUGAUAACAUUGUCAGCUUUGUGAGUGGGGAUGUGGUCAACACCCCUGCUUUCAAAGAGCCAGAGGAGAGCAUGUCCACCAGUCCUCAGGGUACAAUCAUUGCAAUGCACCAGCAGCAGAACAGGGCUGAGCUUCGUCUGGAGGCUCUGCACCAGAUCCUGGUUCUGUUGUCUGGAAUGGAAGAGAAAGGCUUCCAGGCUGCAGGGGGUGUCCGGCAGGGGCCAGCGUUCCAGUCCUCCAGCUUGUUGACCUCUGUCAGACUGCAGUUCCUAGCAGGGUGUUUUGGUCUGGGAACAGUGGGAAAUGGAGGAAUAAAAGUGGAAAGUGUCCAGCUUCAUCAUUAUCAGGAUGGCAUCAGAUCUGCCAAGAGGAAUAUUCAGAUGGACAUCCAGACGGCAGUGCACAAGAUUUACCAGCAGUUGUCUGCCACCCUGGAGUGUGCCUUGCAAUCCAACAAGCAUCAUAUUGAAGCUCAACAGCGCCUCCUGUUGGUGACUGUUUUUGCACUCAGUGUUCGUUAUCAACCAGUGGAUGUGUCUCUGGCUGUUUCAAGUGGUUUGCUCAAUGUCUUGUCACAGCUGUGUGGUACCGACACCAUGUUAGGACAGCCACUGCAGCUGCUGCAGAAGCCUGGUGUGUCCCAGCUCAGCACGGCUCUCAAAGUAGCCAGCACCAGGCUGCUUCAGAUUCUAGCCAUCACUACCGGGACGUAUGCUGAUAAACUGAGUCCAAAGGUAGUGCAGUCUCUGCUGGACCUACUGUGUAGCCAGCUGAAGAACCUGCUCUCCCAGGCUGGGGUGACACUGAUGUCUUCCAGUAGGGAGGAGGAAGAGACAAAAUCUGAUGAGAUCAGGGAAGCUGAAAAGAGGGAUUUCCGAGCCCUUGUACGCAAACAGCACACAGCAGAGUUGCAUCUUGGAGAUUUUCUUGUAUUUCUGCGGAGAGUUGUGUCCUCCAAAGCUAUACAGUCUAAAAUGGCUUCCCCAAAGUGGACAGAGGUCCUGCUGAAUAUUGCUGCUCAAAAGUGCUGUUCAGGAGUGCCCCUGGUUGGAAACUUGCGAACAAGGCUGCUUGCUCUUCAUGUACUGGAAGCUGUGCUGCCUGCUUGUGAAGCUACUGUCGAAGAUCACCAGAUGACACAGGUUGUAGAACGCCUAUUCUCACUCCUUUCUGACUGCAUGUGGGAGGCACCAAUUGCUCAGGCCAAGCACACAAUUCAAGUAAAAGAAAAAGAACAAGAGAUGAAACUACAGGGUGAGGUGGAGGAGGAGGAUGAGAGCCUGCCCAUCCAGGAAGUGACCUAUGACCCUGAGAAAGCUCAGUGCUGUGUGGUGGAGAAUGGACAGGUGCUAACUCAUGGCAGUGGAGGAAAAGGAUAUGGGCUAGCAUCCACAGGAAUCACGUCUGGAUGUUACCAGUGGAAGUUUUACAUUGUUAAAGAAAAUCGUGGUAAUGAAGGAACUUGUGUGGGAGUGUCUCGCUGGCCUGUUCACGACUUCAACCAUCGUACUACAUCAGAUAUGUGGCUGUACAGAGCUUAUAGUGGUAACCUUUACCACAAUGGAGAACAGACUCUGGCGCUGUCCAGUUUCACUCAGGGGGAUUACAUCACCUGUGUGUUAGACAUGGAAGCAAGGACAGUGUCCUUUGGGAAAAAUGGGGAGGAGCCUAAACUAGCCUUUGAAGAUGUGGAUGCAACAGAACUAUACCCUUGUGUAAUGUUCUACAGCAGUAACCCUGGUGAAAAGGUUAAAAUCUGUGACAUGCAAAUGCGGGGCACCCCAAGAGACCUACUGCCUGGAGAUCCUAUCUGCAGCCCGGUUGCAACAGUUUUGGCAGAGGCCACCACCCAGCUUAUUCGCAUUCUCCACCGUACAGACAGAUGGACCCACUGCAUCAACAAGAACAUGAUGGAGCGGCUCCAGGAGAUCAAAGCCUGCUUUAGGGAAGUUGGGCAGAAACUGAAAAAGAGCCGCUCUGUGCAAAGCAGGGAGGAACGAGAUGCAAAGGAUGAUUUCAGAGAAGAGGAGAAGGGCAAACAUGGGAAGCACGGGCUGGCAGACCUCUCAGAGUCACAGCUGAAGACACUCUGCACCGAGGUCUGGCCUGUGCUGUCAGUAAUUGGAGGGGCAGAUGCUGGUCUCCGAGUUGGAGGGAGAUGUGUUCACAAGCAAACGGGGCGGCACGCCACACUGCUGGGAGUAGUGAAAGAGGGAAGCACUUCUGCCAAGGUUCAGUGGGAUGAGGCAGAGAUUACAAUCAGCUUCCCAACUUUUUGGUCGCCUAGUGACACUCCCCUGUACAACCUGGAGCCCUGCGAGCCGCUGCCCUUUGACGUUUCUAGAUUCCGUGGGUUGACGGCAUCUCUGCUGCUGGAUCUCACCUACCUGACUGGCAUCCAUGAAGAUGCAGCAAAGCUAAGUGCCCGCCGGCAUGAGAAGAAACACCGACACGAUUCAGAAGAGAAGGGAGACCUUGAGCAAAAAGCAGAGGGGGACCUCGCAAAAGAAACCAUGGACCUGCGAGUCUCGCAGAGUUUGGAUGAGGUCAAAGCUCACAUGAGCACCAACUCAAAGUCAGAAAGCGAAAUAUCUUCAUUUUUCUUGGAACCUCAGAUUUUAGACUCCCAACACCAUCAAGCCGACGGAAAGAGGAAAGCCCACGAACACGCGAUGAGAACUCACGAUUUGGUGCAAUCAGAAAUCCGAGCAGUUCAGCUCUCCUACCUCUAUCUUGGUGCUAUGAAAUCACUAAGUGCUCUUCUCAGCUGCAGCAAGUAUGCUGAGCUGUUACUUAUACCCAAGGUGCUGCCAGAGAAUGGACACAACUCGGACUGUGCCAGCUCCCCUGUAAUCCAAGAGGAGGUGGAAAUGAGAGCUGCCCUCCAGUUUUUGAUGCGUCACAUGGUGAAGCGCGCCAUCAUGCGGUCCCCCAUCAAACGAGCCCUAGGGCUUGCAGACCUGGAACGUGCUCAAGCCAUGGUUUACAAGCUGAUGGUUAACAGUCUGCUGGAAGAACAGUUUGGAGGCAAAAUCAAGCAAGAAGUGGAUCCUGAGUCGGAGGAACCCGAUGGUGCCCAGCAGGCACAGACUCCAGUCACCACCAGUCCUUCUGCUUCCAGCACCACUUCCUUCAUGAGCAGCUCACUGGAAGAUACGACCACUGCCACCACCCCAGUGACAGACACUGAGACCGUGCCAGCCUCUGAGUCUCCUGGCGUCAUGCCACUUAGUCUGCUAAGGCAAAUGUUUUCUAGUUACCCAACUACUACAGUGAUACCCACACGUCGUGCGCAAACCCCACCUGGCUCCUCCCUGCCAACAUCCCCGUCAGAUGAAAUAGGACGGAGGCAAAGCUUGACUUCCCCGGACUCCCAGCCAGCAAGGACUUCCAACCGCACUGCCUUAUCAGAUCCCAGCAGCAGAUUGUCAACUUCCCCUCCUCCACCUGCCAUUGCCGUUCCUCUCUUAGAAAUGGGAUUCUCUCUUAGGCAGAUAACAAAAGCCUUGGAAGCUACUGGUGCAAGUGCAGAAGCAGAUGCUCAGAAUAUCACUGUGCUGGCCAUGUGGAUGAUUGAGCACCCUGGAACUGAGGAGGAGGAGGAGCCCCAACCCAGCGGAGGAGCUGAUUCCUGCUCAGGGGCAACUGCUUCUGGAGGUGGGGGUAAAUCCAGAGACUCCAGCUACCUGCAGUCUCCUGGAGAAAUACCUGCAGCAGAUGCAGCAGAAAUGGAGGAAGGCUUUAGUGAGAGCCCAGAUGGACUGGAUCAGGGGGAGAGUGCAUCUGCUUCUAAUGGAUCUGCUGCUAGAGGUCGAUCUACUGUAACUAGAAAACAGAGGUUUGACUUGGCAGCACGGACAUUGCUGGCUCGGGCAGCAGGGCUAUACCGUUCAGUACAAGCCCAGAGAAAUCAGAACCGAAGAGAAGGGACAUCUCUGCAGCAGGAUCCGGGGGCCCUGUAUGAUUUCAACCUGGAUGAGGAGCUGGAGAUUGACCUGGAUGAUGAAGCCAUGGAGGCCAUGUUUGGGCAGGAGCUUGCGAGUGACAGUGAUAUCCUAGGAAUGUGGAUCCCGGAGGUACUGGAUUGGCCAACAUGGCAUGUUUGUGAGUCCGAGGACAGAGACGAGGUGGUGAUCUGUGAACUCUGUGAGUCCAGUGUUGCCAAUUUUAAUCAGCACAUGAAGAAAAACCACCCAGGCUGUGGCCGGAGUGCAAACCGACAGGGCUACCGCAGUAAUGGCUCCUAUGUGGAUGGCUGGUUCGGUGGGGAAUGUGGCAGUGGAAAUCCUUACUACCUUCUCUGUGGCAGCUGUAGGGAAAAAUACCUCUCCAUGAAGAGCAAGACAAAAGGGCCAGGCCUUGAAAGAUACAAAGGCCAGGCUCCAGAUCUACUUGGGAAGCAGGACAGUGUGUAUGAAGAAGACUGGGACAUGCUGGAUGUAGAUGAGGAUGAGAAGCUGACCGGGGAGGAGGAGUUUGAACUGUUGGCUGGCCCGCUCGGUCUCAGUGAGCGUCGAAUCGUACCUGAAGCAGUCCAGUUCCCUGACAGUGAUCCAUUAGGAGCAUCAGUCUCCAUGGUUACAGCAACCAACAGCAUGGAGGAGACACUUCUCCAAAUAGGCUGUCACGGCUCUGUGCAGAAAAGCUCCUCUGGCAGGAUAACUCUUGGUGAGCAGGCUGCAGCCCUGCUGAACCCCCAUGACAGAGUUGUGGCUCUGAGGAGAGUGACGGGUGCUGCCCAGGUCCUUUUGGCAAGAACGAUGGUCAUGAGGGCACUGUCUUUGCUGUCUGUCAGUGGUUCCAGCUGCAGUCUUGCUGCUGGACUGGAGUCCCUGGGUUUGACGGAUAUACGGACCCUGGUGCGGUUGAUGUGCCUGGCUGCAGCGGGUCGAGCCGGCCUGUCAACAAGCCCCAAGGCAACCAGUUCAGCAGAGCGCCCACGUGGAGGAGGCAGCAAGGCCAACAAGCCCAUGUCCUGCCUGGCAUACCUGAGUACAGCAGUGGGCUGUAUAGCUUCCAAUAGCCCAAGUGCUGCCAAACUACUAGUUCAGCUUUGCACACAGAAUUUAAUCUCAGCAGCGACGGGUAUGAAUCUAACAAUAGUAGAUGAUCCCAUUCAGAGGAAGUUUCUGCCCAGUUUCCUGAGAGGAGUUGCAGAAGAAAACAAGCUAGUGACCUCUCCGAACUUUGUAGUUACCCAGGCACUUGUGGCACUGCUAGCGGACAAGGGGGCUAAACUGAGACCCAACUACGACAAGGCAGAUAUUGAGAAGAGAGCAGGUUUUAGUGCGCAUUUGUAUGCCCAUCCUUCAUAUAAUCCUUCCGCUGUAGGCCCUCUGGAAUUGGCGAAUGCGUUGGCAGCUUGCUGCCUCUCAUCCAGGCUGUCUUCCCAGCACAGACAGUGGGCAGCUCAGCAGCUGGUGCGGACACUGGCAGCGCACGAUCGCGACAAUCGGAGCCAGCCACAGACAUUCGCGGACAUGUCUGGGGACCUGCGCAAAUGUUCCUUUAUUAAACUCGAAGCCCAUCAAAGCAGGGUCAUAACAUGUGGGUGGUGCAACAAGAAGAGUCUUUUGGCAACCAGUGGCAAUGAUGGAACUGUCCGCGUGUGGAAUGUUACUAAGAACCAGUAUACACUGCAACAGACAUGCGUCUUUAACAAAUUAGACGACACUUCGGAGGAAGGCCUGAGUGACAUUGGCUCCCCCAGUGACCCCAGCUUGUCUCCAGUUUGCUGGAGUGUCAGUGGAAAGUACCUUGCAGCAGCUAUGGAGAAAAUGGUGAAUAUCUGGCAAGUCAAUGGAGGUAAAGGACUGCUGGAUAUCCAGCCCCACUGGGUGUCAGCCCUCACUUGGCCUGAAGAUGGCCCUAUAGCGAGCUGGGCUGGAGAGACUUUAGAAGUUUUGCUGGUGGGACGUAUAGAUGGAUCCCUUGGCCUUAUUGAAGUGGUAGAUGCCUCCACCAUGCAUCGUAUGGAGCUGGAACAUUGCUACAGAAAAGAUGUUGCUGUUAUGUCAAUUGCUUGGUAUAGUGAAGACAAACCAUUUGUAGUAGGUUACGCUGAUGGAAAACUGCUGAUUGGCACAAAGGAGCCACUUGAAAAAGGAGCCAUUGUAGUCAUUGAUGCACAUAAGGAGUCUAUCACCUGCAUGAAAUGGAACCCAGCUGGGGAAAUACUCAUGACCUGUGCCAAAGAGGAGACUGUGAAGUUAUGGGCCUAUAUGGGAGGCAACUGGAAGUGCCUGCAUGUCCUCUCCCACCCAGCUGUGGUCAAUAGUAUUGCCUGGUGUGGUCAACCAGGCAAAAGCCCCAAGCCCCUGACUAUGUUUGCUACCUGUUGCCAGAAUGGCUUGGUUUGUGUCUGGACUGUUCCUCAAGACCCUUUCAGCAUUCCUGAGUCAAGUUCCAGUGUCUCAGAUGGGUGGUGGGAGCUGGAAACUAAAAAGGACUGUUACAGAAAAGAAGGUGAUGCUAGGUGUGUGUUUCAACUGAAGGGACACAUCACUCCAGUGAAGACUGUAGCCUUCAGCCCUGACGGGAUGGCGCUGGUAUCUGGAGGAGUUGGCGGACUCAUGAACAUCUGGUCCUUAAGGGAUGGAUCAGUACUGCAGUCGGUGGUGACAGGAUCAGGCGCUAUUCAGAAUAUAGUCUGGAUCCCUGAUGUUGGUGUAGCUGCUUGUUCUAACAGGUCAAAGGAUGUGUUGGUGGUGAACUGCACUUCAGAAUUUAUAUCUUCCAACCAUGUCCUAGCAACAUGCAGAGCCGCACUGAAGAGGCAGGGAGUUGUGGGGUUGAGCAUGGCACCUUGCAUGAGGGCUUUCCUUGAGAGGCUGCCAGUGAUGUUACAGGAGCAGUAUGCUUAUGAAAAGCCUCAUGUGGUGUGUGGAGACCAGCUCAUUCACAGUCCUUACAUGCAGUGUCUGGCUUCCCUGUCAGUGGGUCUUCACUUGGACCAGCUGCUGUGUAACCCGCCCGUGCCGCCUCACCACCAGGACUGUCCUCCUGACUCGGCAGCCUGGAGCCCCAGUGAGUGGGCCUGGCUCGAGUGCUUCUCCACAACUGUGAAAGCUGCAGAGGCUUUAGCAAAGGGAGCUCGUUUCCCAGAAUCCUUCACUGUUCCAGACUUGGAGCCAAUGCCCGAGGAUGAGUUUGCACUCCUGCUGGACAACAGUAAGUGGAUGUAUGGAAUGGAUGAACAGAUUAUGUCGUGGGCAACAUCCAGACCUGAGGAUUGGCACCUUGGUGGUAAAUGUGAUGUCUUUCUUUGGGGAGCAGGGCGUCACGGCCAGCUCGCAGAGGCCGGUAGAAAUAUUUUAGUGCCAACUUUAGCGCCGUCAUUUUCACAGGCCCAGCAUGUCAUAUGUGGUCAGAACUGCACCUUUGUGAUCCAAGCGAAUGGAACUGUGCUUGCUUGUGGGGAAGGCAGCUAUGGCAGGCUUGGACAAGGCAAUUCCGAUGAUCUUCAUGCGCUAACUGUUAUUUCAGCAUUACAAGGUUUUGUAGUAACACAGCUGGUGACAUCAUGUGGUUCUGAUGGCCACUCCAUGGCUUUGACUGAGAGUGGAGAAGUCUUCAGCUGGGGAGAUGGAGAUUACGGGAAACUGGGUCACGGCAACAGUGACCGACAAAGACGUCCAAGGCAGAUAGAAGCACUGCAGGGAGAGGAGGUUGUGCAGAUGUCAUGUGGGUUCAAGCAUUCAGCUGUGGUUACCGCAGAUGGCAAGCUGUUCACGUUUGGAAAUGGAGACUAUGGUCGGCUGGGCUUGGGUAACACUUCCAAUAAGAAACUCCCUGAGAGAGUCACAGCACUGGAAGGCUAUCAGGUCGGACAGGUGGCCUGCGGUCUGAACCAUACCCUAGCAGUAUCGGCAGAUGGAAUGAUGGUUUGGGCUUUUGGAGAUGGAGACUAUGGGAAGCUUGGGUUAGGAAACUCGACAGCUAAAUCUUCUCCACAGAAAGUGGACAUGCUUUGUGGCAUUGGUAUAAAAAAAGUGGCCUGUGGCACACAGUUCUCAGUUGCUUUAACAAAGGACGGGCACGUCUACACAUUUGGUCAAGACCGUCUGAUUGGCUUACCAGAGGGCCGAGCACGAAACCACAACAGACCUCAGCAGGUCCCUGCACUCUCUGGCAUCUUUAUUGAGGACGUUGCCGUGGGAGCUGAACACACCCUGGUGUUGUCAUUUACUGGCGAUGUCUAUGCCUGGGGGAGCAAUUCAGAGGGACAGCUGGGACUUGGCCACACAAACCACGUGAGAGAGCCGACUGUGGUGACCAUGCUCCAAGGAAAGAACUUUCAUCAGAUCUCAGCUGGGCGCUGCCAUAGCGCUGCAUGGACUGCCCCCCCAGUACCACCAAGGGCACCCGGUGCGUCUGUGCCUUUGCAGCUCGGCUUGCCCCUUUCCAUCCCCCCUCAGUACAGCAGUCUGAAGGAAGUCAGUAUAGAGACUGUGCGGGCCAGGCUGAGGCUGCUCUACCACUUCUCAGAUCUCAUGUAUUCCUCCUGGAGGUUACUUAACCUCAGCCCCAAUAGCCAGGGCUGCACUUCCCAUUACAAUGCAGGAACAUGGGGAAUAGUUCAAGGGCAGCUGAGGCCUUUACUAGCAACACGGGUUUACACUCUUCCUAUGGUACGCUCUAUUGGUAAAACCAUGGUCCAAGGCAAGAACUAUGGCCCACAGAUUACUGUGAAAAGAAUAUCUACAAGAGGCCGCAAGUGCAAGCCUAUUUUUGUGCAGAUAGCCAGACAAGUAGUAAAGCUGAAUGCUUCAGACCUCCGCCUGCCCUCCCGCGCCUGGAAAGUGAAGCUGGUUGGCGAGGGAGCGGAUGAUGCAGGAGGAGUCUUUGACGACACUAUUACAGAAAUGUGCCAGGAACUUGAGACAGGUGUGGUAGACCUGCUCAUUCCAUCUCCAAAUGCCACAGCAGAAGUGGGGUACAACAGAGAUAGAUUCUUGUUCAACCCUUCAGCAUGUCUAGAUGAGCACUUUAUGCAGUUCAAGUUUCUGGGUAUUUUGAUGGGUGUUGCUAUUCGUACAAAAAAGCCAUUGGACCUCCACCUGACCCCAAUGGUCUGGAAGCAGCUCUGCUGUAUUCCGCUCAUUCUGGAAGACCUGGAGGAGGUAGACUUGCUUUAUGUACAGACCCUCAACAGCAUUCUUCACAUUGAAGAUAGUGGGAUUACAGAGGAGAAUUUCCAUGAGAUGAUUCCUCUUGACUCAUUUGUGGGCCAGAGUGCUGAUGGCAAAAUGGUCCCUAUAAUUCCUGGAGGAAACAGCAUCCCACUGACCUUCUCCAACAGAAGAGAGUAUGUGGACCGUGCAAUUGAAUACAGACUUCACGAAAUGGAUCGCCUAGUGGCUGCGGUUCGGGAAGGGAUGUCUUGGAUAGUGCCAGUUCCACUGCUCUCUCUCCUCACUGCCAAGCAGCUGGAACAGAUGGUGUGCGGCAUGCCCGAGAUAUCGGUGGAGGUGCUGAAGAAAGUGGUGAGAUACCGAGAGGUAGAUGAACAACACCAGCUAGUGCAGUGGUUCUGGCAGACCCUAGAGGAAUUCUCCAAUGAGGAGAGAGUCCUGUUCAUGCGCUUUGUGUCUGGGAGGUCCCGCCUGCCUGCCAACACUGCUGAUAUUUCUCAGAGGUUUCAGAUCAUGAAGGUUGACAGGCCAUAUGACAGCUUGCCUACCUCACAGACCUGCUUCUUUCAGCUGAGACUCCCACCAUAUUCCAGUCAAGCAGUCAUGGCUGAGCGCCUUCGUUAUGCUAUCAACAACUGCAGAUCUAUUGACAUGGACAAUUACAUGCUCUCCCGCAAUGUGGACAAUGCAGAAGGCUCAGAUACAGACUACUAAUGAUGUAGUGUGAACAAAACUACCUUAUUUGAAACAUGAUACUAGGUGGAAUGUUGAAACAAGCAGAAUAUCACAGUAACAAGUAGUCUACUCUUAAAUUUUUUGGUGUACUUGCAAACGUAGUUAAUGUUUUUUUUAUUUCACUUUGUUUUAUUAGCAGAUACACAAUCAAAUGGAGAAGAGCAUUUAAUUUUUUUUUUAAGUUUGCAUGGAGGUAUGAUUCAUUUUAUUGGGAAACAUGUACAGAUAAACAAGCCCAAUAAAAAAAUGAAAAAUGUACAUGGUGUAUAAUUGUUCGUUAGGGAGAACAGUUUUACAUAACUAUUCAUAUUUAUUUUGUUUUAAUUUUGAACUGCCUGUGCUGAGUUUCCUAAGCAGAAAAGAAAUAUCAAUAAAUGCUUAAAUAAUAACACCA